AUGGGGUUUGGUAGGGGGCUCCCAUUAUGGGCCCUAAUAUCCAUGAUCUGCUGUAUCCAACAAGAAGCGUCUGGAACAGAAAAUCCUGAAACAGUUACCAUCAUCCCACCACUGGCAGGCAAACCAGUUAUGACUUCCUUCAAUCCAGCUCACAAUGGACGUGUAUGCAGCACAUGGGGGAACUUCUACUACAAGACAUUUGAUGGUGACAUCUAUCAUUUCCCUGGAGUCUGCAACUACAUCUUUGCCUCACACUGCAAUGCUCCCUUUGAGGACUUCAAUAUCCAGAUCAGGCAUGCUAGUGAGGGAAAUGCUGCCCACGAGAUCAAAACAGUCACCUUGCAAGUUGUUGGAGUGAACAUUGAAAUGGAAAUGGAUGGCGUUUCAGUCAAUAACGAAAGGGUUCAGCUGCCCUACAGUGAAUCUGGAUUCAGUAUUGAGACAACUGAAAACUAUGUGAUAGUGAAUGUAAAGCUGUGUCUAAGCCUCAUGUGGAAUAAAGAAGACAGCCUAAUGGUGGAACUGGAUGAAAAAUAUGCCAAUCAGACCUGUGGACUUUGUGGGGAUUUUAAUGGCAUCCAAACUUACAAUGAAUUCCUUUCAAACAAUGCCAAGAUAACCCCAUUGCAGUUUGGGAACAUGCAAAAGCUGAAUGGGCCAACAGAAGAUUGUGAGGAUCCUACAUCAUCAUCUCUGAUAAGCUGUGCUAAUGUUUCUAAUGUUUGCCAAGAAAUACUGAUGGGCCCUGCAUUCUCUGACUGUAAUAAUGUGGUGGAUGUGGAUGAAUACAUUAAAACUUGUGAGCAGGACUUGUGUUUCUGUAACCAAAAUACAACAUUUUCCUGUCUCUGCAACACUUUUACUGAAUACUCCCGACAAUGUGCUCAUGCUGGUGGACACCCUCAGAACUGGAGAACCCCUGAUUUAUGCUCAAAAACAUGUCAUUUCAACAUGCAGUAUAAUGAAUGCGGAUCCCGUUGUGCUGACACUUGCACCAACUCUGAAAGAUCUCAGCUGUGUGAAGACCACUGUUUGGAUGGCUGCUUCUGUCCUGCAGGAACAGUAUAUGAUGACAUCAACAACUCUGGAUGCAUCCCGAUUCAGGAGUGUUUCUGCAUUUAUAAUGGCAAAGCCUACGCUCCAGGGACAACUUAUUCAGACCACUGUCGGUCCUGUUCUUGCAGUGGAGGCCAGUGGAGCUGCACGGAGAUGCCAUGCCCAGGUAUUUGCUCUGUAGAAGGUGGAUCACACAUCUCCACUUACGACGAAAAGCGUUAUGACGUGCACGGAGACUGUACUUACGUUCUCUCUAAGGUCUGUGAUGAAGAAACUUUUACUAUUCUGGGUGAACUUCGAAAGUGUGGCCUAACAGACACUGAAACAUGUUUAAAGAUGGUAGCCCUCAGCAUCAAUGGAGGUCAAACUACCAUUGUGGUGAAACCUGAUGGUGCUGUCUUUGUCAAUUGGAUCUACACUCAGCUGCCUAUCUCAGUAGCUAAUGUAACCAUCUUCAAACCUUCAUCUUUCUUCAUCAUUGUUGAAGCAAACAUUGGCCUUCAGCUGGAGAUCCAGCUCAUACCCAUCAUGCAACUCUUUGUUCAUUUGGAUCCCUCUUUUAAAGGGAAGACUUGUGGUCUCUGUGGAAACUUUGACAGCCGUCAGACAGAUGACUUCAAAGCCAUAAGUGGUGUGGUGGAAGGAACAGCACCUGCAUUUGCUAACACCUGGAAAACUCAAGCUAUAUGUCCCAACAUCAAGCAGAAUUUUGAGGAUCCUUGCUCACUUAGCAUUGAGAAUGAAAAAUAUGCCCAUCACUGGUGUGGAUUACUGACUGACUCUGAAGGCCCUUUUGCCAAAUGCCAUCCUUCAGUAAAUCCAGCUGCUUCUUACAAGAACUGCAUGUUUGACACCUGCAACUGUGAGAGAAGCGAGGACUGCAUGUGUGCUGCCCUCUCUGCCUAUGUCAGAGCCUGUGCAGCCAAAGGAGUUGAACUUCCUGGAUGGAGGACUGAUGUUUGUUCUAAAUACAUGACUUCAUGCCCCAAAUCCCUGAGUUACAGCUAUUCCAUCAAUUCCUGCCAACCUACCUGUAGAUCCCUAAGUGAACCAGAUGUUACCUGUAACAUCAGAUUUGUCCCACUUGAUGGAUGUAAAUGUACAAAUGGAACCUACAUGGAUGACAGUGGAAAAUGUGUGCCUGCCAAUAGUUGUCCCUGCUAUUACCGAGGAACAGCUAUACUACCUAAUGAAGUUCUCCAUGAAGGCGGUGUUGUCUGCACUUGUGCUCAAGGAAAGCUGAACUGCAUUGGAGAUGAGAACCUAGCACCCUUGUGUACUGCUCCCAUGGUCUACUUUGACUGCAAAAAUGCCACCACAGGGAGCACUGGAGCUGAAUGUCAGAAGAGCUGUCAGACACUAGAUAUGCAGUGUUACAGCACACAGUGUAUGUCUGGCUGCAUGUGCCCUGCUGGCCUAGUGUCAGAUGGCAAAGGUAACUGCAUUGCUAUGGAAGAGUGUCCAUGUAUUCACAAUGAUGCCACUUAUAAUCCAGGAGAAAAGAUCAAAGUUGACUGUAACACAUGCAUAUGUCAGAACAGGAUGUGGAAAUGCACCAAGAACAAGUGCCUAGGUACCUGUGCCGUUUAUGGAGAUGGGCAUUACAUCACGUUUGAUGACAAGCGAUACAAUUUCAAUGGACAAUGUGAAUACACUCUGGUUCAGGAUCACUGUGGACAGAACAGCUCAACCCCAGGGACAUUCCGAGUCAUCACCGAAAACAUUCCUUGUGGCUCAACUGGAACCACUUGCUCAAAAUCUAUUAAAGUCUUCUUAGAAAACUAUGAACUAAUACUCAGUGAGGAGCAGUCUAAAGUAGUAACCAGAGGUGGUGGUGGUGGUGAACUGCCAUACAGAAUCCGCUCCAUGGGCAUCUACUUGGUUAUUGAGACCAUCAAUGGGAUGAUCCUCUUAUGGGACAAGAAAACAAGCAUAUUUAUCAAAAUUAGCCCUGAUUUCAAGGGUCAAGUCUGUGGCUUAUGUGGGAACUACGAUGGCAAUGGAAUUAAUGACUUUACAACCCGGAGUCAAUCUGUAGUAGGUGAUGUUUUGGAGUUUGGAAACAGUUGGAAGGUGUCUCCCACAUGUCCUGAUGCCAAAUGCACAAAGGAUCCUUGCUCUAAGAACCCCUACAGAAAAUCCUGGUCACAGAAACAGUGCAGUAUCAUCACCAGUAAAGUCUUUGCUGCCUGCCACUCUCAGGUUGAACCAACUAAAUACUAUGAAGCCUGUGUGAUUGAUGCCUGUGCCUGUGACACUGGGGGAGAUUGCGAAUGUUUCUGCACGGCUGUGGCUGCAUAUGCUCAAGCAUGUAGUGAAUUUGGUGUGUGCAUAUCCUGGAGAACACCAUCAAUUUGCCCUAUGUUCUGUGACUAUUACAAUGCUGAAAGAGAAUGUGAUUGGCACUACAAACCCUGCGGAGCUCCAUGCAUGAAGACAUGUAGAAACCCCAGUGGCAGAUGCCUUCAUCAGUUACCAGGCAUGGAAGGCUGCUACCCAUUCUGCCCAGCAAAUAAGCCCUAUUUCAAUGAAGAGGAGAUGGAAUGUGUUGACCAAUGUGGCUGCUAUGAUUCUGAGGAUAACUAUUAUCCACUAGGAACACACUUUGACUUAAGAGACAAAUGUCAGUCAUGUACAUGCACCACUGAAGGCAUAGUGUGCAACUUCAAUGGUGAAGCAUGCUACUGCCAUUAUGAAGGAAGAGAAUAUAUCUACAAGGAAGUCAUUUAUAACACCACAGACGGUCUGGGUUGGUGCAUGACAGCAACUUGUGAUGUUAAUGGAACAAUCCAUAGAGAUGCCUACAAAUGCAUAGGACUUACCACCACACUUCCACCAUUUACAUUUACUACCAUGCCAUCUACAAGUGGAGCAGAACCAACAGCCCCAGGAACAACAGCAUGUGUCCAUAAAUUAUGUGAAUGGUCAGAAUGGUAUGAUGUCAGCUACCCAACACCUGGAGAAAACAAUGGCGAUUAUGAAACACUGGAUAAUAUUAGACAAAAAGGACACAAUUUAUGUAAAUAUCCAGAUGAAGCAGAAUGCAGAGCUGAACGAUUCCCAGAUAUAAAAGUAGAACACCUUAACCAAAAUAUACAGUGUAACAAAAAUACUGGAUUGAUAUGCAAUAACCAAGAUCAAAAACCACCAAUCUGCUACAAUUACCAGAUCAAAUUCUUAUGCUGCAUAUACACACCAUGUGGCCUGUCAUCACCUAUGCCCAGUACAACAACUCCUGGAGGAACAACUGCUCCAUAUCCCACAACUUCCAUAGGAACUGAAACAACAAUCUCGGGGACCACGUCUCAAGCGCCCACCACCUCCGUCGUCACAACCAGUACUGUCCCGCCGUCAGGUUCCACCUCGCCUGCGAUCACCGAAGGCACCACCACCAUUUGCCAGCCUGAAUGCUCAUGGACCAUGUGGUACGACACCACCCAGCCAUCCUCCAGCCCGGAAAGCGGCGACAAGGAGACCAUCAAGGACAUCCAAAAGCAGGGGGGAGAGGUCUGCGAUGAGCCUAAAGACAUCCAGUGUCGAGCAGAAGACUACCCUGAUGUUGAGCUUGAUGUGAUUGGGCAGAUAAUGCAGUGCAACAAAACAUUUGGCCUGAAGUGCGAGAACGCAAAGCAGACCGGGAAGAUGAAGACGUGUUUGAACUACCAGGUCAGAUUCCUCUGCUGCGACUAUACACACUGCCUUCCGGGUACAACCCCAGGGGCCUCGACGACUGCCACCACCACCAGAAAGCCACCAAGCACCACUCCAGGUAUAACAAGCGCUCCACCGUCAACCUCCACGGGUUCCACGCCUCUUCCCACCUUGUGGACCAGCACUCAGGGCACUACCAUUGUGGCCACCAGCCCAGGAAAGGAAACGACUGCAACCCGUUCAACUCCUCCUCCCAUCGUGCAAGUCACCACACCAGCCUCAGCCAGUACAGCUUCAGUCACCUCGGCAACCGUCUCCACCGCGACAGCCACGUCCCUGCAGUCGACACCCGUUUACAAACCGACGGCUUCGAUUCCGACAGCGGGGACCACAUCUCAAGCGCCCGCCACCUCCGUCGUCACAACCAGUACUGUCCCGCCGUCAGGUUCCACCUCGCCUGCGAUCACCGAAGGCACCACCACCAUUUGCCAGCCUGAAUGCUCAUGGACCAUGUGGUACGACACCACCCAGCCAUCCUCCAGCCCGGAAAGCGGCGACAAGGAGACCAUCAAGGACAUCCAAAAGCAGGGGGGAGAGGUCUGCGAUGAGCCUAAAGACAUUCAGUGUCGAGCAGAAGACUACCCUGAUGUUGAGCUUGAUGUGAUUGGGCAGAUAAUGCAGUGCAACAAAACAUUUGGCCUGAAGUGCGAGAACGUACAGCAGACCGGGAAGAUGAAGACGUGUUUGAACUACCAGGUCAGAUUCCUCUGCUGCGACUAUACACACUGCCUUCCGGGUACAACCCCAGGGGCCUCGACGACUGCCACCACCACCAGAAAGCCACCAAGCACCACUCCAGGUAUAACAAGCGCUCCACCGUCAACCUCCACGGGUUCCACGCCUCUUCCCACCUUGUGGACCAGCACUCAGGGCACUACCGUUGUGGCCACCAGCCCAGGAAAGGAAACGACUGCAACCCGUUCAACUCCUCCUCCCACCGUGCAAGGCACCACACCAGCCUCAGCCAGUACAGCUUCAGUCACCUCGGCAACCGCCUCCACCGCGACAGCCACGUCCCUGCAGUCGACACCCGUUUCCAAACCGACGGCUUCGAUUCCGACAGCGGGGAUGACGUCUCAAGCGCCCACCACCUCCGUCGUCACAACCAGUACUGUCCCGCCGUCAGGUUCCACCUCGCCUGCGAUCACCGAAGGCACCACUACCAUUUGCCAGCCUGAAUGCUCAUGGACCCUGUGGUACGACACCACCCAGCCAUCCUCCAGCCCGGAAAGCGGCGACAAGGAGACCAUCAAGGACAUCCAAAAGCAGGGGGGAGAGGUCUGCGAUGAGCCUAAAGACAUCCAGUGUCGAGCAGAAGACUACCCUGAUGUUGAGCUUGAUGUGAUUGGGCAGAUAAUGCAGUGCAACAAAACAUUUGGCCUGAAGUGCGAGAACGCAAAGCAGACCGGGAAGAUGAAGACGUGUUUGAACUACCAGGUCAGAUUCCUCUGCUGCGACUAUACACACUGCCUUCCGGGUACAACCCCAGGGGCCUCGACGACUGCCACCACCACCAGAAAGCCACCAAGCACCACUCCAGGUAUAACAAGCGCUCCACCGUCAACCUCCACGGGUUCCACGCCUCUUCCCACCUUGUGGACCAGCACUCAGGGAACUACCGUUGUGGCCACCAGCCCAGGAAAGGAAACGACUGCAACCCGUUCAACUCCUCCUCCCAUCGUGCAAGGCACCACACCAGCCUCAGCCAGUACAGCUUCAGUCACCUCAGCAACCGUCUCCACCGCGACAGCCACGUCCCUGCAGUCGACACCCGUUUCCAAACCGACGGCUUCGAUUCCGACAGCGGGGACCACGUCUCAAGCGCCCACCACCUCCGUCGUCACAACCAGUACUGUCCCGCCGUCAGGUUCCACCUCGCCUGCGAUCACCGAAGGCACCACCAGCAUUUGCCAGCCUGAAUGCUCAUGGACCAUGUGGUACGACACCACCCAGCCAUCCUCCAGCCCGGAAAGCGGCGACAAGGAGACCAUCAAGGACAUCCAAAAGCAGGGGGGAGAGGUCUGCGAUGAGCCUAAAGACAUCCAGUGUCGAGCAGAAGACUACCCUGAUGUUGAGCUUGAUGUGAUUGGGCAGAUAAUGCAGUGCAACAAAACAUUUGGCCUGAAGUGCGAGAACGCAAAGCAGACCGGGAAGAUGAAGACGUGUUUGAACUACCAGGUCAGAUUCCUCUGCUGCGACUAUACACACUGCCUUCCGGGUACAACCCCAGGGGCCUCGACGACUGCCACCACCACCAGAAAGCCACCAAGCACCACUCCAGGUAUAACAAGCGCUCCACCGUCAACCUCCACGGGUUCCACGCCUCUUCCCACCUUGUGGACCAGCACUCAGGGCACUACCGUUGUGGCCACCAGCCCAGGAAAGGAAACGACUGCAACCCGUUCAACUCCUCCUCCCAUCGUGCAAGUCACCACACCAGCCUCAGCCAGUACAGCUUCAGUCACCUCGGCAACCGUCUCCACCGCGACAGCCACGUCCCUGCAGUCGACACCCGUUUCCAAACCGACGGCUUCGAUUCCGACAGCGGGGACCACAUCUCAAGCGCCCGCCACCUCCGUCGUCACAACCAGUACUGUCCCGCCGUCAGGUUCCACCUCGCCUGCGAUCACCGAAGGCACCACCACCAUUUGCCAGCCUGAAUGCUCAUGGACCAUGUGGUACGACACCACCCAGCCAUCCUCCAGCCCGGAAAGCGGCGACAAGGAGACCAUCAAGGACAUCCAAAAGCAGGGGGGAGAGGUCUGCGAUGAGCCUAAAGACAUUCAGUGUCGAGCAGAAGACUACCCUGAUGUUGAGCUUGAUGUGAUUGGGCAGAUAAUGCAGUGCAACAAAACAUUUGGCCUGAAGUGCGAGAACGCAAAGCAGACCGGGAAGAUGAAGACGUGUUUGAACUACCAGGUCAGAUUCCUCUGCUGCGACUAUACACACUGCCUUCCGGGUACAACCCCAGGGGCCUCGACGACUGCCACCACCACCAGAAAGCCACCAAGCACCACUCCAGGUAUAACAAGCGCUCCACCGUCAACCUCCACGGGUUCCACGCCUCUUCCCACCUUGUGGACCAGCACUCAGGGCACUACCGUUGUGGCCACCAGCCCAGGAAAGGAAACGACUGCAACCCGUUCAACUCCUCCUCCCACCGUGCAAGGCACCACACCAGCCUCAGCCAGUACAGCUUCAGUCACCUCGGCAACCGCCUCCACCGCGACAGCCACGUCCCUGCAGUCGACACCCGUUUCCAAACCGACGGCUUCGAUUCCGACAGCGGGGAUGACGUCUCAAGCGCCCACCACCUCCGUCGUCACAACCAGUACUGUCCCGCCGUCAGGUUCCACCUCGCCUGCGAUCACCGAAGGCACCACUACCAUUUGCCAGCCUGAAUGCUCAUGGACCCUGUGGUACGACACCACCCAGCCAUCCUCCAGCCCGGAAAGCGGCGACAAGGAGACCAUCAAGGACAUCCAAAAGCAGGGGGGAGAGGUCUGCGAUGAGCCUAAAGACAUCCAGUGUCGAGCAGAAGACUACCCUGAUGUUGAGCUUGAUGUGAUUGGGCAGAUAAUGCAGUGCAACAAAACAUUUGGCCUGAAGUGCGAGAACGCAAAGCAGACCGGGAAGAUGAAGACGUGUUUGAACUACCAGGUCAGAUUCCUCUGCUGCGACUAUACACACUGCCUUCCGGGUACAACCCCAGGGGCCUCGACGACUGCCACCACCACCAGAAAGCCACCAAGCACCACUCCAGGUAUAACAAGCGCUCCACCGUCAACCUCCACGGGUUCCACGCCUCUUCCCACCUUGUGGACCAGCACUCAGGGAACUACCGUUGUGGCCACCAGCCCAGGAAAGGAAACGACUGCAACCCGUUCAACUCCUCCUCCCAUCGUGCAAGUCACCACACCAGCCUCAGCCAGUACAGCUUCAGUCACCUUAGCAACCGUCUCCACCGCGACAGCCACGUCCCUGCAGUCGACACCCGUUUCCAAACCGACGGCUUCGAUUCCGACAGCGGGGACCACGUCUCAAGCGCCCACCACCUCCGUCGUCACAACCAGUACUGUCCCGCCGUCAGGUUCCACCUCGCCUGCGAUCACCGAAGGCACCACCACCAUUUGCCAGCCUGAAUGCUCAUGGACCAUGUGGUACGACACCACCCAGCCAUCCUCCAGCCCGGAAAGCGGCGACAAGGAGACCAUCAAGGACAUCCAAAAGCAGGGGGGAGAGGUCUGCGAUGAGCCUAAAGACAUCCAGUGUCGAGCAGAAGACUACCCUGAUGUUGAGCUUGAUGUGAUUGGGCAGAUAAUGCAGUGCAACAAAACAUUUGGCCUGAAGUGCGAGAACGCAAAGCAGACCGGGAAGAUGAAGACGUGUUUGAACUACCAGGUCAGAUUCCUCUGCUGCGACUAUACACACUGCCUUCCGGGUACAACCCCAGGGGCCUCGACGACUGCCACCACCACCAGAAAGCCACCAAGCACCACUCCAGGUAUAACAAGCGCUCCACCGUCAACCUCCACGGGUUCCACGCCUCUUCCCACCUUGUGGACCAGCACUCAGGGAACUACCGUUGUGGCCACCAGCCCAGGAAAGGAAACGACUGCAACCCGUUCAACUCCUCCUCCCAUCGUGCAAGUCACCACACCAGCCUCAGCCAGUACAGCUUCAGUCACCUCAGCAACCGUCUCCACCGCGACAGCCACGUCCCUGCAGUCGACACCCGUUUCCAAACCGACGGCUUCGAUUCCGACAGCGGGGACCACGUCUCAAGCGCCCACCACCUCCGUCGUCACAACCAGUACUGUCCCGCCGUCAGGUUCCACCUCGCCUGCGAUCACCGAAGGCACCACCACCAUUUGCCAGCCUGAAUGCUCAUGGACCAUGUGGUACGACACCACCCAGCCAUCCUCCAGCCUGGAAAGCGGCGACAAGGAGACCAUCAAGGACAUCCAAAAGCAGGGGGGAGAGGUCUGCGAUGAGCCUAAAGACAUCCAGUGUCGAGCAGAAGACUACCCUGAUGUUGAGCUUGAUGUGAUUGGGCAGAUAAUGCAGUGCAACAAAACAUUUGGCCUGAAGUGCGAGAACGCAAAGCAGACCGGGAAGAUGAAGACGUGUUUGAACUACCAGGUCAGAUUCCUCUGCUGCGACUAUACACACUGCCUUCCGGGUACAACCCCAGGGGCCUCGACGACUGCCACCACCACCAGAAAGCCACCAAGCACCACUCCAAGUAUAACAAGCGCUCCACCGUCAACCUCCACGGGUUCCACGCCUCUUCCCACCUUGUGGACCAGCACUCAGGGCACUACCGUUGUGGCCACCAGCCCAGGAAAGGAAACGACUGCAACCCGUUCAACUCCUCCUCCCACCGUGCAAGGCACCACACCAGCCUCAGCCAGUACAGCUUCAGUCACCUCGGCAACCGCCUCCACCGCGACAGCCACGUCCCUGCAGUCGACACCCGUUUCCAAACCGACGGCUUCGAUUCCGACAGCGGGGAUGACGUCUCAAGCGCCCGCCACCUCCGUCGUCACAACCAGUACUGUCCCGCCGUCAGGUUCCACCUCGCCUGCGAUCACCGAAGGCACCACCACCAUUUGCCAGCCUGAAUGCUCAUGGACCCUGUGGUACGACACCACCCAGCCAUCCUCCAGCCCGGAAAGCGGCGACAAGGAGACCAUCAAGGACAUCCAAAAGCAGGGGGGAGAGGUCUGCGAUGAGCCUAAAGACAUCCAGUGUCGAGCAGAAGACUACCCUGAUGUUGAGCUUGAUGUGAUUGGGCAGAUAAUGCAGUGCAACAAAACAUUUGGCCUGAAGUGCGAGAACGCAAAGCAGACCGGGAAGAUGAAGACGUGUUUGAACUACCAGGUCAGAUUCCUCUGCUGCGACUAUACACACUGCCUUCCGGGUACAACCCCAGGGGCCUCGACGACUGCCAAAACCACCAGAAAGCCACCAAGCACCACUCCAGGUAUAACAAGCGCUCCACCGUCAACCUCCACGGGUUCUACGCCUCUUCCCACCUUGUGGACCAGCACUCAGGGCACUACCGUUGUGGCCACCAGCCCAGGAAAGGAAACGACUGCAACCCGUUCAACUCCUCCUCCCACCGUGCAAGUCACCACACCAGCCUCAGCCAGUACAGCUUCAGUCACCUCGGCAACCGCCUCCACCGCGACAGCCACGUCCCUGCAGUCGACACCCGUUUCCAAACCGACGGCUUCGAUUCCGACAGCGGGGACGACGUCUCAAGCGCCCACCACCUCCGUCGUCACAACCAGUACUGUCCCGCCGUCAGGUUCCACCUCGCCUACGAUCACCGAAGGCACCACCACCAUUUGCCAGCCUGAAUGCUCAUGGACCAUGUGGUACGACACCACCCAGCCAUCCUCCAGCCCGGAAAGCGGCGACAAGGAGACCAUCAAGGACAUCCAAAAACAGGGGGGAGAGGUCUGCGAUGAGCCUAAAGACAUCCAGUGUCGAGCAGAAGACUACCCUGAUGUUGAGCUUGAUGUGAUUGGGCAGAUAAUGCAGUGCAACAAAACAUUUGGCCUGAAGUGCGAGAACGCACAGCAGACCGGGAAGAUGAAGAUGUGUUUGAACUACCAGGUCAGAUUCCUCUGCUGCGACUAUACACACUGCCUUCCGGGUACAACCCCAGGGGCCUCGACGACUGCCACCACCACCAGAAAGCCACCAAGCACCACUCCAGGUAUAACAAGCGCUCCACCGUCAACCUCCACGGGUUCCACGCCUCUUCCCACCUUGUGGACCAGCACUCAGGGAACUACCGUUGUGGCCACCAGCCCAGGAAAGGAAACGACUGCAACCCGUUCAACUCCUCCUCCCAUCGUGCAAGUCACCACACCAGCCUCAGCCAGUACAGCUUCAGUCACCUCGGCAACCGCCUCCACCGCGACAGCCACGUCCCUGCAGUCGACACCCGUUUCCAAACCGACGGCUUCGAUUCCGACAGCGGGGACCACGUCUCAAGCGCCCACCACCUCCGUCGUCACAACCAGUACUGUCCCGCCGUCAGGUUCCACCUCGCCUGCGAUCACCGAAGGCACCACCACCAUUUGCCAGCCUGAAUGCUCAUGGACCAUGUGGUACGACACCACCCAGCCAUCCUCCAGCCCGGAAAGCGGCGACAAGGAGACCAUCAAGGACAUCCAAAAGCAGGGGGGAGAGGUCUGCGAUGUGCCUAAAGACAUCCAGUGUCGAGCAGAAGACUACCCUGAUGUUGAGCUUGAUGUGAUUGGGCAGAUAAUGCAGUGCAACAAAACAUUUGGCCUGAAGUGCGAGAACGCACAGCAGACCGGGAGGAUGAAGACGUGUUUGAACUACCAGGUCAGAUUCCUCUGCUGCGACUAUACACACUGCCUUCCGGGUACAACCCCAGGGGCCUCGACGACUGCCACCACCACCAGAAAGCCACCAAGCACCACUCCAGGUAUAACAAGCGCUCCACCGUCAACCUCCACGGGUUCCACGCCUCUUCCCACCUUGUGGACCAGCACUCAGGGCACUACCGUUGUGGCCACCAGCCCAGGAAAGGAAACGACUGCAACCCGUUCAACUCCUCCUCCCAUCGUGCAAGUCACCACACCAGCCUCAGCCAGUACAGCUUCAGUCACCUCAGCAACCGUCUCCACCGCGACAGCCACGUCCCUGCAGUCGACACCCGUUUACAAACCGACGGCUUCGAUUCCGACAGCGGGGACCACGUCUCAAGCGCCCGCCACCUCCGUCGUCACAACCAGUACUGUCCCGCCAUCAGGUUCCACCUUGCCUGCGAUCACCGAAGGCACCACCACCAUUUGCCAGCCUGAAUGCUCAUGGACCAUGUGGUACGACACCACCCAGCCAUCCUCCAGCCCGGAAAGCGGCGACAAGGAGACCAUCAAGGACAUCCAAAAGCAGGGGGGAGAGGUCUGCGAUGAGCCUAAAGACAUCCAGUGUCGAGCAGAAGACUACCCUGAUGUUGAGCUUGAUGUGAUUGGGCAGAUAAUGCAGUGCAACAAAACAUUUGGCCUGAAGUGCGAGAACGCACAGCAGACCGGGAAGAUGAAGACGUGUUUGAACUACCAGGUCAGAUUCCUCUGCUGCGACUAUACACACUGCCUUCCGGGUACAACCCCAGGGGCCUCGACGACUGCCACCACCACCAGAAAGCCACCAAGCACCACUCCAGGUAUAACAAGCGCUCCACCGUCAACCUCCACGGGUUCCACGCCUCUUCCCACCUUGUGGACCAGCACUCAGGGCACUACCGUUGUGGCCACCAGCCCAGGAAAGGAAACGACUGCAACCCGUUAUAUAUCUGUCACUUCAAACAGAAUAACUCCAUGUUUCUGCCAUGUUUCUGGGAACACCAGUGCUGUAUUUUCUCCAGGGGAAGUGAUAUAUAACAAAACUGAUAGUUCUGGCUGUAGAUUUUAUGCCAUUUGUGAUCAAAAUUGUGAAGUCAAGAGAUCCCAAGAACCAUGUCCUUCAGCAACUCCUUCCCAUUCCCCAACUCCAUCCAUUACAACUGGAGGGACAUCAUCAGCCCCCACACCCACAUCUUUAAUACCAUCAACUGUAGAACGCACCACUUCAUCUCCACCAACUGCACCGGUGAUAAUCCCAACAACAUCUGUACAGGAUUGCCCUAAUGCCAAUCCACCUAGAAAGACCAAUGAAACGUGGAUGUUGAACAAUUGCAGCAUGGCAACUUGUGAAGGGAACAACAGAAUUGUUGUUGUGCUUCCUCAACCUGUAGACAAAAUAGCGUGUGCAAAUAGACUCCCACCAGUAAAAAUAAAUCAUGAUGAUGGAUGUUCCUAUCACUAUGAGUGCACCUGUAUUUGCAGUGGUUGGGACAAUUCUCACUAUGAGACUUUUGAUGGUACUAAUUACACUUUCUAUGAUAAUUGCACCUAUGUCCUGGUUCAAGAGGUCGUGAAGAAACAUGGAAACUUCAGUGUGUUGGUGGAUAAUUACUUCUGUGAUCCAGCUAAUAAUGAGUCAUGUUCCAGAUCCAUCAUUGUAAACUACAACCACAUUGAAGUAAUACUAAGCAGCCAAACUGACAAUGGAAUGAGAAUGAAUAAGAUCAUUUUCAACAAAGAGACAGUCCGUACAGGUUUCUCCAAGGAUGGCAUUAUAGUUGCUGAUACUGGAACAAGCAUGAGUGUUGAAAUCCUUGACAUCCGUGCUUUCGUUAACUUCAACGGAUUCAGUUACUCGAUACAAGUCCCAUUUGACCUGUUUGCAUUCAAUACAGAAGGCCAAUGUGGUACUUGUUCAAAUGACCAGACAGAUGAUUGCCGCCUGCCCAGUGGUCACAAAGUUUCCUCUUGCUCAGAAAUGGCUCCCCACUGGAAGGUUAACAAUAGCUGUGAAGAAACAGUUCCAACACCAAAACCUACUGGGGUAACACCUACUCCGUCAGAAAUACCCUGCACUACUCCAUCUCCCUUAUGUGAGCUAAUUGUUAGCAAUAUCUUUGCAGAUUGCCAUAAAGUUCUGCCUCCCAAACCAUUCUAUGACCACUGCCUCUCUGAAGCAUGCCAGAAUGCCAGCAGUGCCCUUACUUGUUACACUGUAGAGAUGUAUUCCUCCCUUUGCAAAGAUAAGGGUUUUUGCAGUGACUGGAGGAGCAAGACACAAGGAAAAUGUUCCUACCCCUGCCCAGAAGGCAAGAUAUAUGAAGCAUGUGGUCCUGUUUAUCCUGCUACCUGUGAUAAUAGAAAAGCUAAUAAUAUUACUGAGCAUGUUACUGAAGGAUGCUUCUGCCCUGCGAACCAAAUUCUGGUCAAUUCAUACACCGACACCUGUGUUCCAGAUUGCAAUUUCUGCAUUGGGCCAGAUGGAUUCCCCAAAAUGCCUGGUACAACAUGGAGGAGCAACUGUCAAGAAUGUACCUGCGACCAAUUGUCUGUGACUGUACAGUGUAAGGCCCAGCCCUGUCCAACACCGAAAACACUUGCUUGUGAGAAAGAAGGAUUCAUGCCUGUCUCUGUGGUGACACCAGAAGAUCCAUGCUGUCCAGAAAUUCAGUGCAUAUGCAAUAAUAGUGCCUGUUCCAAUCAGAAGAAGUCAUGUGAACCUGGACACCAGUUAGUCUCCAUCCUUUUUGAAGGAGACUGCUGUGUCACCUUCCUGUGUGAACCAAUACCAGAUAUCUGUGUGGUCAAUGGAACAGUUUAUAAACCUGGAACAUCCAUUCCAAGUGACUCUUGUGAAACAUGUGUCUGCGGUAAUGAAACAGACCCAGGCUCCAAGACAAAUUUUGUGGAGUGUGAGCCAAUUCAAUGCAAUACAGAAUGCCCAGUGGGUUAUGAGUACCAGGUAAAGGCUGGAGAGUGCUGUGGAAUGUGUGUCCAGGUGACUUGUACCAUCAAUAUUAAUGGCAUCACUCAGGUCCUCAAGCCUGGUGAUAUUUGGCAGCCAGAAGGCAAUAACUGCAGCCACUAUGAAUGUGAGAAAGAGGAUGAUAAACUACUCUUGGUCAAUACUAGAAGGACAUGCCCAAUCUUUGACCCAGAGGAGUGUGGUCCUACUGAAACUGAACUGACCCCUGAUGGCUGCUGUGAAAUAUGCAAACCACAAACUAACUGUAAAGUUCGAACAAAUCAAAUUCUUAUCCGGCAAAAUGAUUGCGCAUCAUCUGAGCUGGUAGAACUCACCUACUGUGAAGGGGCCUGCCCUGGUUCUUCCAUGUAUUCUGCUGAGGCAAGGACAAUGCAGCACAAGUGUACCUGCUGCCAGGAACUCAAGAGUCACAAGAAAGAGGUGUCUUUGACAUGCAAGGAUGGUAGAACCAUCAAUUAUGACUACAUCUAUGUGGACGAGUGUCAGUGCAUGACUGCAUGCAUCCCAGAAGCCACAACCCCACAAUAACCAAGGGGAAGAGAUGAAGACUCUAUCCUGUGAUAAAGAACCCACUACAUACCAAAGCAGCUAAAAUCAACCACCAAGUAGAGGAUAUGAUUUAUACAACUGUUUACAUUUGUGUUUCUUUAGCUUUCAACUAUUUUUCAUUCAA